UUUGUGCACUUCUGCAAAGGGAAGGGUGGGCAGCUCACUGUCUUCUCCCUGGGAGCGUCAGCACAGGCGUACCUGAGACGGCUGUGGUCCUACUGGGUGUGAGGGUCAAGUUCUCAUCUUUUUGGAGGCCAAAAUGCAUUGGAACACGUUGCUGCUUCUGCUGGUGUAUUACAAUGCCCAGGCGACUGUGUCCCACGGGUGGAGCAGGGCUGUGCUCUUCCCUGCUGCCCACCGGCCCAAGCGGUCGUCCUCCAUGCCACUGAACCCCGUCCUGCAGACCUCCCUGGAGGAAGUGGAGCUGCUCUAUGAGUUCCUGCUGGCCGAACUUGACAUCAGCCCUGACCUGAAGGUCUCCAUCAAGGAUGAGGAGCUCGCCUCCCUGCGGAAGGCCUUGGACUUCCACACUGUCUGCAAUGACGUGAUUCCCAAGCGCAUUCCGGACAUCCGCAGGCUCAGUGCCAGCCUCUCCAACCACCCUGGCAUCCUCAAGAAAGAAGACUUUGAAAGGACAGUCCUGACCCUUGCCUACACGGCCUACCGCACAGCCCUGUCCCAAGGUUAUCAGAAGGACAUCUGGGCCCAGGCCCUCAUCAGCCUCUUCCAGGCCCUGAGGCAUGACUUGAUGCGGUCCUCACGUCCUGGAGUGCCUCCCUGA